AGGAUGAAGGUAACCUUUGGCUUCCUGGUGAUCGCAGCCGGCAUCUGCGGCAUGCUGAGCUUCGCUUUUCUGGCCACUUCCCUCGGAACCGAGUAUUGGUACAUCAUAGAGACGAAUCCUACGAACAUGAGCGACUUUGAGAACAUGAGCUCCCACUCCGGGCUGUGGAGCAUCAACGAAGGUGGGAAGACGCAAGCAGACUCCAUUGACUCUUUCAAAGCUGACUACUCCAGGUAUACUGAGACUGAGCUGCAAAUGCUGAACAUGCACAGCGCAAUAGUGGUGAUGCUUCCCUUCAGCCUGGUCCUGCUGCUGAUCGGCGGGAUCUGUGGAUUGGUCAGCUCCCUGGCUCGGAGCCCUGUCCUCCUCACCGGCACGGCCUCCUACUUCUUCAUCUGCAGUCUGCUGACCCUGUGUGGUGUGACCCUCUACAUCAUCUACUCGCACCAGGCGCUGGUUGAGACGGAGAGGCGGGUGGGGCUGGAGGGUCUGGCCUACGUUCGGACCUCCUUUGGCUGGUCUCUGGGUCUGGCCUGGCUCUCCUACGGCAUGGAACUCCUCACGGGCGUCCUGCUACUCGUAGCUGCUCGCAUGGCCAAGCUGCAGCACAGCAGUCCCACCAUGACCUGA